AUCACUUCAAUUCCAAAAUUUGAUACCAGCUUGAGGAAAAUCGCAUUGCAUUCUUUCACCAACCAAAUUUUCUAGCAAUAAACUUUCUUCGAUACGACUUCUGGAUCUGACCAGAAAAAUCCGCAGCCAUGUCGACAACCGCUGAUAAGGUAUGCUCCUCCCUUGGCCACUUUUUUUCAAUGCUAAUGCCCCGCUACAGAUCAGAGCAAUUGAGGAUGAGGUAUACUUCUGGGACCCGGCCGACUUACCCUCGACGAAUUCUAACGGGACGAUAGAUGGCCAAGACGCAAAAGAACAAGGCGACGAGUUUCCAUCUGGGUCAACUUAAAGCAAAGCUCGCUAAGCUCAAGAGAGAGUUGUUGACCCCUUCGUCAAGUGGUGGUGGAGCAGGUGUAGGAUUCGAUGUAGCACGUACAGGUGUCGCUAGUGUUGGAUUUAUAGGAUUUCCAUCGGUUGGAAAGAGUACAUUGAUGAGCAAACUUACUGGACAACAUUCGGAGGCUGCGGCAUACGAAUUCACGACCUUAACGACAGUACCCGGUCAGAUAUUAUAUAAUGGAGCCAAGAUACAAAUUCUGGAUCUUCCAGGUAUUAUUCAAGGAGCAAAGGACGGAAAAGGUAGAGGUCGACAAGUCAUCGCGGUCGCUAAGACAUGCCAUUUGAUAUUCAUCAUACUGGAUGUCAAUAAGCCCUUGACGGAUAAGAAGAUUAUUGAAGACGAACUGGAAGGAUUUGGCAUUCGGAUCAACAAAUCACCACCAAACAUCGUGUUUAAGAAAAAGGAUAAGGGUGGAAUCAAUAUCACCAAUACCGUCCCGAUGACGCACAUCGAUCAUGAUGAGAUCAAGGCUGUCAUGAAUGAGUACAAAAUAUCGUCGGCAGAUAUCGCUAUUCGUUGUGAUGCUACUAUCGACGAUCUAAUAGACGUACUUGAGGCCAAAGGACGAAGUUAUAUUCCUGUCAUUUAUGCAUUGAACAAAAUCGAUGCUAUUUCGAUAGAGGAACUUGAUUUGCUUUACAGAAUUCCUAACGCAUGUCCCAUCUCGUCUGAGCACGGGUGGAACGUUGAUGAACUAUUAGAACAGAUGUAAGUUCAUGGUUUGCGAGCCUUGUUAUUCCAUUUUGCCCUAGAGUAAUGCCCAUAGUCCUAUCAAGCGAUGCGGCGUUCCGGUGCUAUAAUCCACUGGCUCAAGGGAAGAUGCAAGGCAUUUACCAAGGGCUAGCAGACUUAUACAGUUAUUGCAAUUGCCUAACAACCUUAUACUAAUCUUGAACAGGUGGGAGAAACUCAACCUUGUCAGAGUUUAUACAAAGCCCAAAGGAAAAUUACCUGAUUACACCGCACCAGUGGUGUUACGCUCCACCAGGUGCACAGUUGAAGAUUUUGUAAGUCGCUUCUUAAUCAUUCCGAGAAGUUACGUAGCACCACAUCAGUGACUGACUGAUUAUCGAAGUGUAACGCAAUCCAUAAGACUAUUGCGGAUGAUUUCCGCGUAGCUAUUGUUUAUGGAAAAUCCGUCAAGCAUCAACCACAACGUGUAGGCCUUAGUCACGAACUAGCGGAUGAAGAUAUUAGUAAGUUCCACAUGUCGCCUAGUUAAGCCGAAUUUUGACUAACUCUCCAUACAGUUACUAUUGUCAAACGAUAGAAGACGCAAAAAUUUAACAAUACAGUGUAACACCAAGGAUCUUCCAGUUGUACGAACACCGAGGAGAAAGAGUAAAAGAAGUCAGGGAUCAUCGGAAGAUAGAUAGAUGAGCUGAGCGGUACAUAUAGCAACGUUCGUCGGGAGUCAAUGGCGUUAGGUCUUGGUACAGACAUAUUCGGACAUUGGGCUCCGGACUUUGAAAGGGAAGUUCGCUGGUUAGCUACUAGUAGUCGCCUCGUAGGUUUGUAUCUGCGCAGCGGCGCUCCUCCUUAAUUGAUAUAAAGGCCAUGAAGGUAGUCGGUAUGAGGGGGACAUGAAUGAAUAUACAAAAGACAAAUUUCUCCAGUGUGCUUGAAUGACUAGGAUAGGCCGCCAAAAACAGAUGUCUACUCAACUAUAUUGUAUACACAUGCCGCUAUACUCCUGGGAUAUAUUAAACUGAGAGUGGCGAGAUUUUUUCAUCGGAUCAAUGAAUGAUCUUCACUCGAUAUAUUAAUGGAAUUUCAAGAGCGCCUACAAACAAAACAAAACAGAUGAUGAUGAACCCUAGAUUCCUUUCGCUUGGCUCUACUUGAACGAGAAGCUUGGAUGAGAUGACUGAAAGAUGGGAUUGAGUCUUUAGGUGAGAUGGAUGAGGUAAUGGUGAUUUCUAUACUUUGAUAUUCACGAUGGAAUCGGCAGGGGCGGAGGGCGGCAUGCUAAUGUGCUUAUGACAUUCGUUCUUCUAUUAACUCGUCCGAGUGACUUGUAUAGGACUGUUUCCGGGUAAACCCAUUUACCCAUUUAUUUUCGAACAUGUAAGAUCUUACAUACGCUACUUUCCUAGGGCAACACGUGUCAGAAUGGAGAGGGGUGUUUAUUCUUGAGUUGG